GCAUAUUGGAUUUUCCUUGUUCCACCCAUCAAUAUAACUGUACUUAUCUGUCGUCACUCGUCAGGUAGAUAUCGAAGGUUUAACGUCUGUUGUGCUGUACGUCGAGCCGCAACAGAAAUUAGAGACAAGAAAGUAUGACUGUAGCUAUGGCAGACAAUUUUACGAUCUCACGUGAACAGUUUAAAGAGUUUCUUCAUUGGCUUAUUGUAAUUCAAGAUCCGCGUGAUCUCUGGCGAAACCAUGCAACAUUUUUGUGUAUUGAGGUGGUUGUGAUCAUUUGUUUUAUCCUUACAUAUAAACAUGCCACCAGACAUGGCGGCCGAUUCUUAUCUCUAUGGUGGACAGUUGUUAUGUCAGGAUUAAUCAUCGAAAGUAUCAGCUAUUUGGUUCCACAGAUAGACAACUUCUGGCACUCUCAAGCCACAGUCAUGUUCUUGGGUCAUCGUCUACCUUUGUUAAUUGUUUGUGUCUAUCCUGUUCUACUGUAUACAUCUGCUGCAGCGGUUUCCAGGUUAUGGCUUCCAUUUUGGGCUGAACCUUUUGCUGUAGGCCUUACUGUCUUAGCCAUCGAUGUUCCCUGGGAUAUCAAUGGUGUAAACUUUGUGUGGUGGACUUGGCAUGAUACAGACCCUAAUAUCUAUGACAGACACUACUGGGUUCCCUGGAGUAGCUUUUACUUUUUGGCUGCCUUAGGCUGUACCUUGACUUUCUUACUUCAUGGUUUCCGGUGGCUACUUACAGGGAACGACAAGUACAGUUCUGGAGGGUUUUUCAAAGAAGCUCUCGCCUCAAUAUUGACAGCCAUCUUAAUUAUGCCAGUUGCUUCUAUCCAGUUUGUACCUUUAUACCACUUACUCAAGGAUGAACUAAAAAUUCACUCCGAAGUUUGUGUUUUCCUUUUCCUAUCCAUGUAUCUGAUGAUCUUCUGGCUCGGUGAUCGUGAUCCAUCCAUUGAAGCUAGGCCAAAGAAAGGUCGUUGUCACCAUUACGAUGAACUAAUUGUACUACUGGGGUUGUGGUACAUAACACAUUUUGCAGUGGCAAUCUUUGGGCAUCCAGAGAGUGUAGUAGCUACUGGCCUACGGGAACCAAUUGGGCCUUGUGACCAGUAUCUGGAUGUCUUCACUCCUAUGGGUCAGGUUCUUCAAAAGAGAAAAUACUUGUGCUUAGAAGAUUAUGAUGAAGGCUACUAUGAUUUUCAUUGUGUGCCCAAACAUGAAAUGGCAAAAUUAAGAAUUGGUAGUAACAUUUACUGGUAUACAGUGUGUGGCGUCCAAUUUUCAAAUUACGCCGAGUAUGUAACUGUGAUUGGUGGAUACUGUGUACUUGGUAUUUUUGUCUUUUACCAAUACUUGUUAAGGAGUGGGUCUCAUUUGUCAUUGUCAAAAAUGGCUAAGAAAGUUGCAAUAAAGUCUAAAACAAACUAGAUAUAUAAAAUAAUGUGUAAAACUUACUUAAUUUUUGAAACAAAUUAUUUUGUAAUUUUUUAAACACUGGGUAUAUUAUUUUAAAUAUUUUUACAUGAAUCACUACAUAUUGAUAUUGAAAAAAUAUAUAUUUUGUAAGAAAAUGAAUUUUUUUUUUAAAUCUUAAAAUGUAUUUUACAAAUAGAUACUGGAUACAGUAAAGACAAAAUUAGUUUAACUACCAAAAUCCACUGAGAGUGCAUAAUGCACCUGUAAAGGUAUUUAUAAAUUUAUAGACACAAAUUGAAACAAUGUGAAAAUGUAUCACAAGAAGCUUAUACUCUUCAAUAACCAUGCUGACGUGACAUUAAAUAAAGUUUGGUAAUAAA